CAAGAACGUUAUCCGGUUAAGACAUGGUCGGGAAAUCGAGCUAAAAUUCGACAUCAAUUCUGAAGACAGUUUGAAUAACAGGUUCAAGGAGCUUACAGAUUCGAAAACAGAUGCUGUCUUUUCGAUUGAUGAUGAUGUCAUAUUCCCGUGUUCUUCAGUAGAGUUUGCCUUCACCAUCUGGCGUAGUGCACCCGAUACAAUGGUGGGAUUUGUGCCCCGCGUCCACUGGAUUGAUCACUCGAAAGGCAAUGCAGAUAAGUAUAUCUAUGGAGGGUGGUGGUCAGUGUGGUGGAUGGGAACCUACACUAUGGUUCUUUCCAAAGCUGCAUUUUUUCACAGAAAGUAUCUUAGCAUGUAUACUUAUCAAAUGCCAGCAUCCAUUCGAGAAUACGUAACUAAAAACAGGAACUGUGAAGACAUUGCCAUGUCCUUCCUCGUGGCAAAUGCGACCAAUUCUCCUCCUAUCUGGGUACAAGGUAAAAUAUUCGAAAUUGGUUCAACUGGGAUUAGUAGCUUGGGAGGUCACAGCGAAAGGAGGACUCGUUGUGUCAAUAGAUUUGUAACCGAGUAUGGGAGAAUGCCAUUGGUUUCCACUUCUGUCAAGGCUGUUGAUAGCCGCAGCAUCUGGUUUUGGUGAGUUAACCAAAGGCUUUGGGUAUAGAGCAGUCUUAAAUCUCCAGGCCAGCUGUCCCACCCAAAAGAGUUAGUCUUAAGUUACAUAGCUCGUAUUUGUCACAUAUGUAUAGGAAAGUUUACAGUUUCACCAUCAAGUGUUCAUAUGUGUCCUAUAGCUUUAUUGAUUCAGGAAACCAUUGUGUAGUGUUUUUCCAAAAUGCAACAUUUCAGACUGAACAGAGUGUAUUCAUAUCUAUAUCCAAAGAUUUGGAAAGUUAAUGUACAAUGAAUACUGUUUAAUAACAGUAGUUUUCAUGGAGGUUUGUCCAACAUACACUU